AGUUAUCCUGGGCUUCUGGUGGUACCUCAGUCAGUUCAAGACAGCAGUCUGCAGAGAGUUGCUCGCUGUUACCGUCACAAUCGCCUACCAGUGGUCUGUUGGAAGAACACUAAAAACAGUACUCUUCUACUCAGAUCUGGAGGUUUUCAUGGAAAAGGUGUCGUUGGCCUCUUCAAAUCCCAAAACACGCAUACUACAGCUCCUGCUUCUUUAGAAUCUUCGAGCAGUAUAGAACAGGAAAAAUACCUACAAGCCUUACUGAAUGUGAUAUCCGUCCACUGCAAAAUGAAUGGCAGUAAUACUCUCACUGUUAGACCAACGAUUGCUCUUUCUCCAGGUGUAUGGGCGAGUCUUCGUUCAAGCAACCGACUUAUCAACGCGCAGACUCCAUUCAUUGAUGUUGGUGCAAGACUAGCAGGGAAAGAUAACACCACUUCCUACAGUAGCAGCACUUUUCUGCAAAGUCAGCUUUUGAGACGGCAAGCUGCCCUCUAUAUAUUUGGAGAAAAAUCUCAGUUACGGGGAUUCAAACUUGAUUUUGCCUUGAACUGUGAAUUUGUUCCUGUUGAAUUCAGUGACAUCCGACAGACAAAGGCAAGCUUUAAAAAGCUGAUGCGAGCUUGUGUUCCCAGCACCAUUCCUACAGAUUCUGAGGCAACAUUCCUUAAAGCACUUGGGGAGUCAGAGUGGUUCCCACAGCUUCACAGGAUAAUGCAAUUGGGUGUGAUCAUCUCUGAGCUCCUGGAAAACGGUUCUUCUGUUAUGGUUUGUUUGGAAGAUGGCUGGGAUAUUACUGCACAAGUAGUAUCUCUGGUGCAGUUACUCAGUGAUCCCUUCUAUAGGACACUCGAAGGCUUCCGGAUGCUGGUGGAAAAAGAGUGGCUCUCUUUUGGUCAUAAAUUCAGUCAGCGUAGUAAUCUGACUCUCAACUGUCAGGGUAGUGGAUUUGCUCCUGUUUUCUUACAGUUUUUAGACUGUGUGCAUCAGAUUCAUAACCAAUACCCAACAGAGUUUGAGUUCAAUCAAUAUUACCUGAAGUUUCUGGCUUUUCAUCACAUAUCAAAUCGAUUUAAAACAUUUCUUCUGGAUUCAGACUAUGAAAGACUAGAACAUGGGACAUUGUUUGAAGAUAAAGGAGAUAAACAUGCCAAAAAAGGAAUCUGUAUUUGGGAUUGUAUUGAAAAGAUGCACAAGAGGAGCCCUAUUUUCUUCAAUUACCUCUAUGCCCCUGUUGAAGUAGAGGCACUGAAACCAAAUGUAAAUAUGUCCAGCCUCAAAAAGUGGGAUUAUUAUGUAGAAGAGAUUUUGGCUACAGGCCCUUCCUAUGAUUGGACCAUGGUAACUGCAAAAUGUAGCGUUUCAGAGGAAACUGACCAAACGGAUGGUUCGCUCUCUCAGACAAAGAGGAAAAUAGUAUGGCCAUGUUAUGAUGAUGUUAAAAAAAUACAACCCGAUGCCAUCAGCAGCCUUUUAAAUGAAAUCGAAAGGUUGGAAAGUAAAUUAAAUCAGAGCCCAGAAAGGUGGCAGCUUUUGUGGGAAAGGAUCAAAAUGAAUCUAAAGGAUGAUACCAGACAAGACAAUCUCCGGAGACAUCCUCCUGGCUCAUCGGGGAUGAUGUCAGCUAAUCUACAUUCCUAUCAAAAGAGGUCUUUGUUGGAGAUACCUGACAGUGGGCUGGGUGAGGAACAGAGUGCUACCAUCUCUCCCUCCAAUGGAGUAGACAGAAGAACAACAACGCUAUACAAUCAUUUCACAUCAAAGAAUGAUGAAAAUAGAUCUUUUGAAGGUACGUUGUACAAAAGAGGAGCUUUACUAAAAGGCUGGAAACCUCGCUGGUUUGUGCUGGAUGUGACAAAACACCAGCUGCGAUACUAUGAUUCUGGUGAGGAUACAAGCUGUAAGGGACACAUCGACCUCGCAGAAGUAGAAACUGUGAUUCCUGCUUCGCCAACAAUUGGAGCCCCAAAACAUGCAAGUGAAAAGGCAUUUUUUGAUUUGAAGACAAAUAAACGUGUGUAUAAUUUUUGUGCCCAAGAUGCACAGAGUGCUCAACAAUGGAUGGAUAGGAUCCAGAGUUGCAUUUCAGAUGCUUAGAAAGGAAAAAUGUUCUAUAAUAAAAGACACGUUUAAAGCACCUCUUCCUGUAAGAAGCUAAGUUCUGAAAUGUUACUGACAGACAACCAGCCUUCCUUUCGUUACAGUCAUAACAGUUCAUAAUAUGCUAAAGUUCCUUUUUGGUUUAAUAAUCAUAACCACUGUAACUUCUAUUUUUUUUUUUUUUCCCUGCAGGGAGGACUUUGAAAAAUAAUAAUUAAUUUAUCCUGAAUUUCCAAUUUCUUCAGUACAAUUCCUAGCUAUAAAAUGGGCUGUAUUUGCACUAUCAUCUAACCCUGGCUUUCUCAUUUCAGAGCUGUUCUGUUAGGAAACCUGUCCAAAGGAAAUUGUAGAAAUUUUCCCUCCAAUAGGAAGUGUAUUUGCACUCUCUUCAUACUUUUAAACAGAAUGUUUUUAUUUCCAAGCUAGUCAUGAGUAAGAGGGGACAUGUCUACAAUUCCU